AUGGUUGAUGGAAAGAUGUGUCACCCGUCAGAUUCCCCGGCGUGGAAACAUUUUAGUGAAUUGCAUACAGAGUUUGCGAAAGAAAUUCGAAAUAUCAGACUAGGCCUGUGUACUGAUGGGUUUCAACCAUUUGGGGCCUUCGGGCAGAAUUAUUCAUCAUGGCCAGUAAUUUUGACACCUUACAAUCUCCCUCCAGGAAUGUGUAUGAAAGAUGAGUUCAAGUUUUUAACUGUUAUUGUCCCUGGGCCUCAAAAUCCUAAACAUCAAAUGGAUAUUUUCCUGCAGCCGUUGAUAGCUGAGCUAAACCAACUUUGGGAAUUUGGAGUCCAGACAUUCGACGUUCAUAGCACAUCUGGGAGACUGGCUUGCCCUCACUGCAUGGAAAAUACAGAUGCGUUCACGCUUAAAGGGAGUAGAAAACAGUCGUGGUUUGACUGCCACAGAAAGUUCUUGCCUCGUGGUCACCCGUACCGUCGUAACACAACUCAAUUCCGUAAAGGGAAAACCGUAAACAAAGAAUUCGGACACCCGAAAACCGGAGAAGAAUUGUUGGCAGAGGUGGACAGUCUGGGGUUUAUGAAGGCAUAUGAAAUUGGGGCUGAGAAAAAUAAUGCUACGAAGUCGGAAAAUUAUGACCAUGCAAAAUCUAGAGAAGAGUUGAAUGACAUAUGUGAUCGGCCUGAGUUAGCUAAAGAUCCGGUUACUGGGAGAUUUCCUAAGGCGAUGUAUGCUUUGAACAGGGACGGGAAAAAAGCUUUACUUGAGUGGAUUAAGUUAAUAAGGUUUCCAGAUGGCUACGCGUCCAACUUGUCCAGAUGUGUCGAUACAAUCGGUCUGAAAAUGCAUGGAAUGAAAAGUCACGACUGCCACAUUUUUAUGCAAAGACUUCUGCCAAUCGCUCUCCGUGAGCUAUUACCGAAGGAAGUCUGGGAGCCUUUAACAGAGCUGAGUAUCUUCUUUCGUGAGUUAACCUCCACGUCUCUAACAGAGAUAGAUCUAGAUCGUAUGAGGCUGGAAAUCCCAAAGAUACUGUGCAAGCUGGAACGUAUUUUUCCGCCCAGCUUUUUUGACUCCAUGGAACAUCUACUUAUAUUUGAGAAAGCUGAAAAAAAAGUCAGCAAUAAAGGGAGGGUGGAAGGAAGCAUCAGUAGCGGAUACUUGAAUGAAGAAACCGCAAAAUUUGCAGCUUAUUACUUUUCAGAAGGUGACCCAAUGAUACCUGAGCGGCCGCAAAGGAAUGAAGUUUAUGACAUUGAAGUCGAUGACGAUGUCGACAGACUAUCUAUUUUCAAGCCGCACGGGCAAUCAGUGGGUGCUUGCCGCAAGAGAUAUUUUGAAGAUUCUGAGAUUGUUGCUGCUCGGACAUAUGUUCUGUUGAAUUGUUCAGAAAUUGAAAAUUACAGAGAGGUUUUCGAAGGCGAGUUGCGCAGAGAAAACCCUGAAAUCACCAUCUCUCAAAUUGAAGCGAAGUUCGAGAGUCAAUUUGCCUACUGGUUUCAACAAUACGUGCAAGAUCCAACUGUUUGUACUAAUCCCUUUAUUCUUAGUCUCGCUAAAGGACCUCUUAGAUCAGUAAGAACAUUUAAGGGGUACCGUGUAAACGGAUUUAAGUUUCAGACUCAAGCUUAUGGGGAGGAACAGCUUACUAUGAAUAGUGGAGUCUGCGUGAAGGGAACUCAAUAUGUCGACAGCGAAAAUGACUUUUAUGGAGUUCUGACAGACAUAAUUGAGCUGGAGUAUCCGGCUCUUCCAAUGAAGACGACUGUCUUAUUUAAAUGCGAGUGGUUCGACCCAGCACGAAAUUCUGGCACAAUUAGUAACAAAAAAUACAACAUGGUGGAUAUUAAUAACAGAAGGAGAUACAAUAAGUAUGAACCAUUCAUCUUAGCCGAACAGGCCGACCAGGUUCAUUACCUGCCAUAUCCUAGUAAAAGAAGGGAUAAAUUAAAUUGGUGGGCAGUUUGCAGGACAAAGGCAAGAUCUGAACUUGACAUGCCCGAGGGGAUUAUCCCGGCUUUUCAAGACGUGAUAGAAGAAAAUCCUCUCAUUGUUGCAACGGACGACAAUUCGACAUAUUUAGCUGAUGACAACGGAGAAGCUGAAGAAGAUGCGUUGUUCGUGCCUCCUGAUGAAACAUAA